AUGUACUGUCGUGCUCUUUAAUUCAGAAACUGGAGAUCAAAGUCACAUAAUUAACACUAGCCGAAAAACAAUCACUUCGUUAGCAUUUUCAUCAUGCGGCAGAUACCUUGUAACUGGAGAGUGUGGCCAUCAACCCGCCGUACGCGUGUGGGAUUUGCAGGCGGAUCCCCAGCCCGGUGCUCCGGGUAUCGCCCCCCAAGUGCAACAAGUCGCCGAAUUUUUUUCACACAAGUACGGGAUCAGCUGUGUUGCAUUUUCACCGAGCGGUAAAUACGUCGUAAGUAUCGGAACUCAGCAUGACAUGAUUGUCAACGUUUGGGAUUGGAAAAACAACAUCAAAGUAGCGAGCAACAAAGUCAGCACGAAAGUAAAGGCGCUCGCAUUCGCCGAGAACGGUAGUUACUUCGUGACCGUCGGUAACAGACACGUAAAGUUUUGGUUCCUUGAAUACGGUAAAGCUAAGUACAAAGAAGCGGUUCCUUUAAUGGGUAGAUCGGCGAUUUUAGGGGAACAGCGUAACAAUUAUUUUUGUGAUGUAGCUUGUGGAAAAGCCCAAUGCGGUGAUAGCACGUAUGCGAUCACCCGUUCGGGGUUGCUUUGCGAGUUUAAUAAUAGAAGACUGCUUGAUAAGUGGGUUGAGCUUAGAACUUCAAGUGCCAAUUGUAUAACUGUAGGUAAAACAUACAUAUUUGUCGGCUGUGCUGAGGGAAUUGUACGGUGUUUUGAUCCUACCACCCUUAGGUUUGUUACAACUCUUCCAAGAACACACUAUUUAGGGGUAGAUGUUAGUCAAGGUUUAAACAUUACGCACAUGUCGUCCCCUCCUCCUGAUGCCAAAUACCCCGACGCCAUCGCAAUCACCUAUGAUGAAACUAAUAAAAAAUUAACGUGUGUCUAUAAUGACCACUCUAUUUACGUUUGGGAUAUACACAACAUUAGGAGGGUAGGAAAGUCUCAUUCGUUUCUUUACCAUUCCGCCUGUAUAUGGGGAGUGGAAAUGUCACCUUCGCACUGUCCUCUGCCACCCGGUAGUUUUUUAACUUGCAGUUCCGACGAUACGAUACGCGUGUGGACUUUAGAUAAAUUAAACGACAAAAAUGCGCGCGGAGUGUAUCAACGAAAUAUUUACAGCAAUGAGUUGCUGAAAGUCGUGUACAUCGAUUCGGAUAUGACUUACUUGAAAGAUUUGGACAUUUCCACGAGUAAUGCCGGAAAUGAUAAGCAAGAUAGCUCGUACGACGGACGUAACGGCGUCAGAGCAAUUCGGUUGAGUCCCGAUGGUAAACAGCUGGCGUCGGGAGAUCGAGCAGGCAACAUAAGGAUUCUCGAAACUAAAGGUAUGACGGAAGAUUUUAAGAUUGAGGCUCACGAUGCGGAAGUGUUGUGCUUGGAGUACUCCCAAAUAGACUUCGAUAAGAAACUAUUAGCAAGUGCUAGUCGAGAUAGAUUAAUACACGUAUUCGACGUGAAUAAGGGUUACGACUUCUUGCAAACGCUAGACGACCAUUCGUCGUCGAUUACGGCCGUUCGCUUUUUAAACACCCACGGAAAUUUACAAAUGGUCUCUUGUGGCGCGGAUAAAUCUUUAAUCUUUCGAUCCUUGAAUGACACAUCUGCCGGCAUCCCUCAAUUCGUGAGGGAUCACAACGCGACGGGAAAGACGACAUUGUACGACAUGGACGUCGACAGCGGUCAGAAGCACGUGCUGACCGCGUGUCAAGAUCGCAACGUUAGAAUCUACAGCGUGAAUACGGGUAAACAUACGAAGAUAUUUAAGGGUAGCACGGGUGAUGAUGGUACGCUCAUAAAGAUCAGUUUGGACCGCUCGGGCAUUUAUUUGGCAACAUCCUGUACUGAUAAGUCUCUGUCGGUCUACGACUAUUAUACCGGGGAAUGUAUGGCCACCAUGUGUGGACACUCGGAGCUUGCAACAGGUUUGAGAUUCACCAACGAUUGCCGCCGGCUGAUUUCUGCGAGCGGAGAUGGGUGCAUCUUUGUAUGGCGGGUGCCUCAUGACAUGGUGGUUACGAUGCACGCGCGUCUCAGUCAGCAGGCGAUGCGUCAAGGAAAAACGUUAGACAACGAACUGUUCACCGACCACAGCAGCGCAGAUUUCUACGAUACCAACGCGAAUAGCGUCGAAAAUGACUACACAUUUUCGGUCGGCGCGCUACCUCUUUGGGCGAAGAAGCACAUCUCGGACGAUUCCACGCUGCCCACUUCGCUAAUGAAGGGAGUAGCGGCACCGAAAGGUCGCUGGGCGCAAAGAGCCGAAAGAAGCAUCGGUAUGAAGUCCAUUUAUACAGACUCCAUUAUUUCUUUUCCAUCUUUGCAUGAUAGGAGAGGCGACUCAGACAAAGACAGUUCUUUAGACAGCGGUACCGAAACAAAACAAUCGUUGGAGUUAAUCAGAGAUUCGAAAAUAACCACUAAACAGGUAACCAUAAAUAGCCUUACCUCGAGGGAAUUUCGCAGGAGCAACUUGACCGAUGACAGCGCCGUCGGUGGUUCUGUGCGUGACACCGACAUCGAAUCCACGGCGCACGACGCAGACAUCGAUUCCGAUCAAGAAUAUCGCCAUCAGCCCCUGUAUUAUCCUUCGCAAGUGGAUUCGGCCAGCGGGAGUGAAUUCACAAUCACCAACAUGGACGCCGACGAAUUGCGAAAAUCGCAACGAAAGAAAAGAGGCAACGUCCCCUCCAUUACCAUACAACCAAUUUCAAUAUCGGGCAGUCAGGAUUCAGACGACGACGAUGACGAAGUAUCGACGCCCAGCGGGGAGAACACAGACAGAAAUCCAAUGUCGAUCCUUUCCGUUAGUUCGGAGUCUUUAGAUCAAAUAGUCAAUCGCGAGAAAUAUCUGCAGUCGACGUUCGAGAGUCUUAGCGGGGCGGAGGUGGAAACGUCACCAGGAAAUAAAUCAUCAAUUUCCUCUCAAUAUCUGACCCGAGCAAACAGUGUCUGUCGCAAUCAAGCUGUUAUCAGCGCGGCUAAACAGACGAAGCGAGACUCGGACGCGUCGAGGAAACGCGAGGAGUUAGCAAAGCGAAUAGCGGCGACCAGAAAAAAGUUGCAAAGUGUGGGUUACAGUAGUCCGUUGAGGUGCAGCCAGUCGAUUCACGACCUGUCGCACAUCCCCGAAAAGGACAAAUGGAAUUCCGCCUCGCGCAAACCAGAAUGUGACAUGCUUCAAGAAUCUCUUCAACUGCCCUCGAGCUUCUCCCUACCUUCAAAUCUUCAGCUCUGUGGGUGCUACAUGAAAGACUUUAUGAAAAAUACAAACCCAUCUUUCUUCAGCCCCGCUUUUAACAGAGUUGCUUCCAGUAACGAUAUUGAAGAGAAAGCUCCUGCAGGUAAUGUUAAACUGAGCGAUCUCGAGAGAAAUCCGCGCCCGCGAAAACUUCACUUAGACAAAAUGCUCAAUAAAUAUAAGUUGCACAAGAGCCUGCCGGUCUCUCCGGUGAACGAAGAGCGUAGCUUUUCCGAUUUCGUCCCGAAGGCGAAUGGUCCGAGACGGUCUUUCAGUUACUUUGUUGAUUUUGAUCAGAACACGUCUACUGUAGACGGUUUCAAGCAGGUAUGUAGCGAUAUUGAGAAGUUUUCCGAAGAUUUUUCGAAAAAGAAUGAGCAAAUGGAGCAGUAUUACUCGGCCAAAAUUGGCGAUAUACAAAAAGAGUUGUUGGAGGAGGGUGGUUUUAGCUCAGACUCUUUGGAGGACUGCAGUUUCAAUUCUACCCAAAUAAAGAAGGCGAAGAAGUACAAACUGCCCCGAAGGUGUCUGUCGAAUAACGAAAUUUAUAGAUACCAAAUGGACGCAUAUCAAUACGAAAUACCAAAAAGUGAAAGCUUCUACUUGAAUCCCAGCAACAAAAACUCCCAAGAUAGCAUACUGUCAGAUGACUACGGUGAGCAAAAGACUGAGAGCUACUGUAACAGCUUAGAAAGCGUCCUAUCGUGCGAGUCCGACUGUAAGUCCGCACCUUUAGAGGCGCUAUUUUCGGCAUAUAAAAGACCGAGCUGCGCCAGUGUCCAAUUAGAGGCGGGCGAUUACGGCGGGAGUUUGCCCAAAAAUUACAGCGCGCGCAUGAAAACCUCCCAAACCCAAACCGACUUCAGCUUCCAAACUCCUCAGGAAAUUGUCGCCAAACGCAACCCCUCGAACUCGGACUUUCAGCGGAAAUUACUCAAAUUUGAAACGUGCAUAGCCGACACGUACACCGUCCAACACCGAGCGAGAGAUAACAAAAGGAAAGGGAUUGCGUUCUUUGUAGAUACGGAGGAGAAAUGCGCGAGUCAAAAAAAGACCAGUGAGAAAAACCUGAGAUGCGCUGGUGACCCGAAGAAGGAGACCAGCAAGGAGAAGUUUAAUAAUCGUAACGUGAUGUAUAUUCCUAGUUUGGAAACCAAAAAUAAGCAAUAUAAAAGUAAAUUUUGUAACGUUUUGAAUAAUAAACCGGAGUCCAGUGCCGAUAUUUAUGAGAGCGGAUUAAAGUUGAUCGGAAAGAGCAACGAAAACAGCAUUUUCAUACUAACCGAAAAGAACUCCACGUCCAAUCAUAACCAAAUACAAGAGACAUCGAGCCUCGACAGGCAUUUAUUUACCAAGAAUCUUUUCGAAACCGACCGAGUCGCGCACAAGCCUCCGAAGGGCGUGCGUCGAAAUAGUUCGAAAUCGCGCAAAAACAAAACCACCUACGAGUACAUUCGCAAAGAGGACUAUCUCAAAAAAAUGAACAACUUCCAAAAUUCGAAAAACAUCUCGUCCGACAUCGAAAACCAGGCCGAUUCCAUUGAAAACACGCUCGAAUUUAAUUACAAGGAGAAGAACUUGGAUCGCGAGUGCGAGUACGGGAACACCUGCAAGGAGGAGAAGAAGAUUUUGAACGAACUGUACGACAGUUUGGAUAAGUUCGAUCUUAACGCGAAAAUCGACUAUGACUCGCUCGAGGUUAACAUAAAUCGAGUCCCGACCGAUGAGAAAUUGUACGACAGCCUCGAUUACAACCUGAAGAACGUGUGGGAUUCGAACUGCAGUAGCUGGAAGGAUAGGCAUCCCUUUAAUCGUGCCGGAAUACAGUCCGCGUUAGAGAACAUUAAAAUAUUGAACGAAAUACAGCGAACCGUCAAUAAAAUCAACUGCUUGGUGGACAUUUUUAAGCAAAACAUGUACUGCGGGAAAGUGAGAACGCUCUCGCAGAUGUACGAGAGGUUAACUAACUCGCACAGUUAUUACAACGACUUUCCUACGUUUAGGAAGCGAAAUUUGAGCUUGCCUAACUUCGUCGAGAGAAGAUUAAACGUUGCAAAUGUAGACAGUUGUAAAAAUACUAACGUUACAAAAGUUUGUUGCGAAGACUUAGGAUCCGCUUCAGUAGUUCAAGUCAAAGCCGCCAAACCCGUCCCGGGAAGGAGUAACUCGCGUUACGCCAAAAACACCCAAAUUAUAAGAAGUAGCUCGACCGGCGUUCUAAACCAAUCCGACUCCGAUAACGAGAACUCCGAUAAAAAACCUCAAAGUAGACUCAUGCGGCCUACGAUUAGCUCCCAAAACAAAGUAACGUCCAGUAAAAAUCUCGCCAUAAGGAAACGACAGGCGUAUUCUGUCAUGAAUUUAAGCACAGUCGGACAGGAGGAUAGUUCCUCGGAGGAGAACGAAAAAAUGCCCGUCAAACCGAUCGCUCCGCCUCGCACUAGAAAUUUAACUGAUAGCAGUCAAAGUAUGAUCGUCCCGCCUCGACGGCAUACUUCUAAUAAAGAAAAGGCGAAAAAUAAUCGUACGGUCACAAAUUACGAACGACGAAAAUCCACAGACCUGGAGGAGACCUUAUUAAGUAUGGAUUUUCACGGUGUACAAAACAUCGACGUUUCAACCGUCCAAUUAUCCACGCAACUAUGCGACGAUGUGGCGUACCAGCUGACCAAGGCGUCGAAUAACGUCGUGGAACUUUACAGGCGACUGACCGACACCGAAGCGAGCACCAGCGAGCAGCUCGCCAACUUGCAAAAAACCGACAUGGUCAAAAACUUAGAGCUGUCAAUUGCGCGAACGCUGAGGGUAUUGCAAGGUUUGACAUUAGAGAAAUUAAAGCAAAGUAACGGUAAUUUUGAUGUGAAUCAGACGAAUACUGUGAAAAGAUUGAACGAUUUAGUCUCGCGAGGUUUGCCAAGGAUCAAAACGCCGUCGUUAAUAUGAUGCAGCAGUAUUCCGACAUAUUGUUAAGUAUGGUACAACAGAAAAUACAGAACUCCAAUACCUCAUGAUUUCACGCAUCGUCGUCGGGAAAGGGUGCACAAAAUGCGAGACUGACCGAUUUUAUCGUGUUGUGAAGAUGUCCUUUUCGUUUUUUUUGUUAAAAAUCAAUUACGCCCCAUAUUUUAUUAACCCUUUACAUUAAAAUAUUUGCCAUUAACUGUGUGUAUUUUUAGAGAUGAAAUUAAUCUCGGUAGUUGUAUUAAAAACAUCUUCCAAGUAA